UGUUAACAUUAUACUUUUUAUAAAACAUUUUACUUUCCCUAGUUUGUAGAUACAACUGGGAUGCCAAUUCUUUUAAUAAUCACGUGAGAAACCAUUUAGCAAUUUUCAAGUGUUGUAGGAUCUUAUUAAACCUUAAAUACGUAUGACCUGUCUUUGUGUAGAAAAGCGAGGGAGCGAGAGAGAGAAAGUGUUACAUUGAUCAUGAGCGUCUUUGAACGCGAAGCUCUUUAAGUACAUAUAGUCGAGUGCUUCAAUUCGGAAAAAAGGAAAAGAAAUGGAACAAAUGGUGUAUAUAGUCUCUGUUGUUUUCACUUGUCUUGCUCUACUUAUCAUCCCGGUUAUCAUCGUAACUCGGCGUCUUAGUGUUCGUCUCUCCUUCAAAAACAUCCUCAGAUUCAUUAAACUCGUAGCUUCUCAACUUGAUGAUGAGGAAGAGAAUAACGAGAAAAGUGGUACAAUAGGAGAGGAAGAUAAACGCCGGAGACUGCCAAAGCACGUGGCGAUUAUAUUGGACGGGAACAGACGCUGGGCGGAGAAACGAGGUCUCGGUACAUCGGAAGGCCACCAGGCCGGAGCGAGGAGGCUUAUAGAGAAUGCUAAGGACUGUUUCGCUAUGGGGAUAAACACUGUCUCACUCUUUGCUUUCUCCACCGAAAAUUGGGCAAGACCUGAGGAUGAAGUUAACGGCCUGAUGGCCCUGUUUGAGAAACAUUUGAGGUCUGAGAUGGCUUUCUUCCGAAGUGAUAAAAUCAAGAUCUCGGUGAUUGGAAACCGGACGAAAAUCUCCCAAUCGCUUCUAGGUUUGAUAACAGAAGCAGAGGAAGCUACAAAGAACUACGAAGAGAAGCAUCUCAUUAUAGCAAUAGACUAUAGUGGAAGAUUUGAUAUUUUACAAGCGUGCAAAAGUCUUGCAGAAAAGGCGAAAAACGGGCUGAUCCAAGUAGAGGACAUUGACGAGGAUGUGAUGGAGAAAGAGUUGAUGACAAACUGUAGUGAGUUCCCAAACCCUGACCUAUUGAUUAGAACGAGCGGAGAGCAAAGGAUCAGUAACUUCUUCUUAUGGCAAUCUGCUUACACUGAGCUCUACUUUCCUAACGUUCUAUGGCCUGACUUCGGCGAGUCUGAGUAUCUUGAGGCCUUGACUUGGUAUCAGCAAAGGCAGAGGCGAUUCGGUCUACGAGUUUAGAGUUUCAAUUUCAUGUCUUACAAAUAAAUUGUUUCAAGUAUACUAGUGGUCCGGUUGUUUCAAACCUAUACUUUGCGUUUGUUUUUGUACGUUUACUAAUUAUAACCUACCAUUUCACAGUGAUU